AUGUCUCGACGGGCCGAUGAAGAGCUGGGCAAGAAGGAUGACGACCACCGGCUUUCUGAACCAGCACGUUUCCAGCCUCUGCGCCACGGCAAAUUUGCUCGCCCUCGACGAUUGAUCGCCAUUCUGAUUGUACUAGUGGUGGUUCAUCAGUUUUUCAAACAUAUGCCGACCGACUUGAGCCCUGCGGCCGAACGAUACAAUCCCACCAUCGCGAAGCUGCGACACCAAAACCCUGUUCGACCAGCCGAUUCGGAGAAGUAUUCCGAGAAGGGGUCUGAGAAAGCGCCGGGCAAUGGACAGGGAAGAGGGUUUGACAAGGAUCCUGGAAAGCCUCCAGUGAUACCAGAAGAACGCCCCCAGCGGCAGGGACAUCAACGGGAACCUCAAAACUCAGAAGGGUCAUAUGAUGAAGGAAUCAAAUUCUACGAGUUGGCUCGAUCUCUACCGCGCGACAAGCACCCGGAGAAUGGAUCUAGUCGUGAGGUGGUUUUCGCUGCAUCGAGCCUCCGCAGUGUUUCGGAUCUCCUUCCGUUGGCCUGUCGGAUGGCAGGUCGGGGAUUGAACCAUGUCCAUUUUGUCUUGAUGGGGAAGGAGGAGGUUUCAAUUGAAGGAAUCAAAAAGGUCAUCGGGAUCAAGGAUCCUGAAUGUCCAAUGACCUGGCACGAUAGUCGGCCCGACCACGCGCCCCAGUCUACCAAUUCCCGUAUGGAGCGGGCCGUGAGUGGUGGCUUGGGCUUCAUACAGACAUAUCUUCAACCGGAGGUUGUCAUCACCCAAGGCAAAAACUGGGAGGAUCCUUUCUUUUGGGACGGUGUGGAGGCCCAUGCAAAGGAAACCGGAACUCCUCACAUUGGCCUUUCCAGUGCUUCGAGGGACCUUAUGUGGGUGGCUUCGAUGGACAGUACUGCUCUUCGAGUUUGGAAUGAUCUCCGCAUUGACAUGGUUGUCCAUGCAUCCGAAUCGACCGGGUCUCUCACAAAAUUGCUUCAGUCAUUGGAUGCCGCAGAUUAUUUAGGAUCGACUCCCCAAUUAACCAUAGAAAUUCCUCCCCAAGUGGACUCGCAGUUGCUCCAACUUCUGCGGCGCGAAGGCGAUGGGCUAUCCCAGCUUGCAGGCCGCAUUACUCUUCGGCGGCGUAUCCAGCAACGCUCUACCGAUGCUACAGAGUCGUCUCUUCGGACGGUAGAAUCGUUUUAUCCUUACGAUCCGACAGUUUCGCAUGUGCUCAUACUUUCUCCGCAAGCUGAGCUGGGCCCUUCCUUUUACCAUUACCUCAAAUACACCACCCUGCAUUAUAAGCAUUCUUCUCACUCCCAACGCCUUUCAGCCAAGCUUCUGGGUAUCUCGCUCGAACUGCCGUCUUCCAAACCCACCGCCGAUAGCGAGCAAUUCACACCACCCUCCACACCAAUCAUGAAUCAUGCAGAGAGCGGAGAACAAGAAUUCCUCCCGUCCUUCCUCUGGCAAGCCCCAAACAGCAAUGCGGCAUUGUACUUUGGUGACAAAUGGGUCGAGUUUCAUUCCUUCCUCUCGAGUCGCCUCGCAACUCCGACAGCUCAACCUGCCGGCGAUUCUCAAGGAAAGUUGAUGUCAACAACAUAUCCGUCUUUCAUGGAAUACUUGCUCGAGAUGAUCCGGGCUAAGGGGUACUCUAUGGUCUAUCCCUCAUUCCCAGGCCGCAAAUCAUCCCCUCUCGCGACAAUUCACACGGAACUAUAUCAGCCCCCAGGGUUUACACAGGGUACUGGUCCCGUUCGACCCGGCGAACAAUCUUUCAAGGUGAUCGAAGACCCUAACCAGCCACUUACACUUGAGGGUACCGAUACUCUGGGGACAGUCGAAGAGCCGCUGAACCGCGUAUCAACCAUCAUGCCCCUUCUCGACCUGUUUUCCAUGGAUCUCCCGGGCCUUGAUUCUUUGCCUCUAUUGUCUUAUGAUGGAAAGGAUUUGACGACACAGGCAGAUACGCAACAGACGAAAGAAUACGCCAGAGAAUUCCGCAUUCGCUACGGAGGUUGUACUGACGAUAGCACGGCCGACGAUCCUUCGGCAGACCUGUUCUGCCUCAACAAGUGA